AUGGAACGACUGCAAACACCACAAGACGUGCUUACAACUUCGAUUCCAACGUUGGAUGACAUUCAGCUCAACUCAUUAGUUGUAAGAGGUCGGGUUUUUGACUUACAGUCGUCGCCCAGCUGCCAUGGCAUGUACAUUGUGAUCACCUCCUUGAUCAUAUCAAAUUUAGCCCACGGCAAGCAAGUUGUUUUAAUUGAUACACUCAACAAGUUCCCAUUCCAUCUACUCAAAAGCCACCCACAUUUCAAACUCGAGUUCAAGUCCAAUAUCAGGCAUUAUACUUGUGAUACUUUUGCCAAAUUGUACUCAGUGAUAUCAAAAGCAAACUUUGAUAGAAACUCAUUAAUUGUUAUAAAUGAGUUUCACAGUCUACUAGAGCUAUACAAGCUUGAGUUAUCCAUGUCUUACGAAGAAACCAUCCUCAAAAAUCAUGUCGAGAACAAUGCCACUUUGAUCAAUAACAAGCUCAAAGGUGUUAAGGAUUCUAUUUCCAAAAUACCCACUUCGUCGGACCUCCUCAAGGUGAGUCCCGUGUCCAAAUAUGAAAGCCAUGUCAAUUUACUAUUCCGAAAUCUAAACAACAUUUGCACUAGCUCAAAUGCAUCAGUGUAUUUGCUAGGUUAUCUCGAAACAAAGUAUCGUCCAUACAAAAUACCGAACAAUACUGAUGCAUCGCAAUUAUCCUAUCGCGAAAAGGGAAGAGUCGUAUUGUCACCAAGUGUAGCUCACAAAUCAUGUACCACAAAGUUUUUGUUCUAUCUCGAUUGGUAUCAUAAGACACCACAUUUUUUCAGAAAUUACCCUAUUGAUAAUACACGUCAAAUUACGAUUAAUCAAGCAAUGCUUAAGUUGAUCAACGUGGUGAAAGUAGAAGCAAAAUCAGAAAGCUUUAGUCCUAUUUAUUUUGAUAUUGACGACGAAUUUUACUAUGAUCAAGAAGAUGAAUUCACUGGCGAGUAUAAAGUUCGAGACUUAUCUGAAACCGUAAUUGAAAGUUGUCCAGUUAUCACAUCGUCGCCGAACAUCGAUGCAUCUGUAAUUCACGUUACCAGUAAUGACCUAGGGAAUACUAGCAGCUCUAAUGAUACUGAAGCUAUAGCCAGUGAGAUAAUUGAAGAGUCAGAGGAAGAGAUUGCAAUUUCAUGCGCCAGCGCUACCAGCUCAAAGAAUGAUAUUGCAUCUGGUUGA